AUGGACGACUCUGCGGUUGUGUCGGACCCGGAGCAGGCCGCCCUGCCGUGCCAAUACAUCCCGCCCAGGAACGUCUUGGGCUCCACUGACAAUCUCUUGAAAGAGGAAAUCUUCAAGUACAUGACCCAGAGGCGGAGGAGGCUUUCGCCCUCUAACUCGUCUGCCUCCUCCUAUCGGUUCUCCGACUUGGAUUCAGAACUCGAGGGCUCUUCGGAUAUGUACAAUCUGCCCAAGAAAGAGGAUACCUCACUUGACCAGAGCAAGGGCUGUAAUGACGAGAACUAUGAGGAGAGUUACCUGACCGCCAGGACUUCCAGGGAGGCCGAUUCUGUGGGUACAUCCAAGGACUUCCACCAGCCGGUGACUUUGCUCUCAAAUGCUGACACCUUCAACCACCAGAUUCAAGAUGACAGUCUUUUAUCUUCUUCCGAAGAGGACAGCAAGGAUAGGGAACACCCCGUGUACGGCUUGGACAGUGCCUACCAGAGCGUCGCACACUACAGCUGCAUUUCCAGCAUCUCCAAAAGCUCCCAGGACCUGUCCUAUUAUCCUACAUCCUCAUCCUCCUCCUCUUUAUCCUCAUCUUCAUGUUCCUGCCCUUCAUGUCUCACCCGAUACACCAUCCAGCCAGGAAAGCAGGCCCUUAGGGUCCCGCUCUGGGGCCAGCUGCUGCUUUUCCUGCUCUUAAAUGCCAUCCUACUCUUUGUUUACUACUACUGGGAGCUUCAAGAGGGCAACCCCUUCUGGAUGGAGCCCUGA